AUGUAUCCUCACCCGGGUGCCCCGAUGCCACCUCCGCCAACGCAGAAGCCGGAAACCUUUAUGCUCUCGCAAGAGGCGCAGAACAGCCUUCCGCAUGAUGCGCAAGUCGCUCUGCAACAAGUCGAUAAUCUAAAAUAUUUCCUUUUGUCAGCCCCCGUCGACUGGCAACAGGACCAGCUCAUUCGCCGUUUCCUCCUCCCGACCGGCGACUAUGUUUCGUGUAUUCUCUGGAGCAACCUCUUCCACAUUUCGGGUACCGACAUCGUUCGCUGUCUCGCUUUCCGAUUCCAGGCGUUUGGCCGUCCCGUGAAGAACUCCAAGAAAUUCGAAGAGGGCAUCUUCUCCGACCUACGAAAUCUCAAGGCCGGGACCGAUGCCUCCCUCGAGGAGCCCAAGAGCGCGUUCCUGGACUUCCUGUACAAAAAUAACUGCAUUCGCACGCAGAAGAAGCAAAAGGUAUUCUACUGGUACAGCGUUCCCCACGACCGAUUGUUCCUGGAUGCGCUCGAGCGAGACUUGAAGCGCGAGAAGAUGAACCAGGAAGCGACAACGGUCGCGGUCAGCGAACCCGCCAUGUCCUUCGAAUUCGACUCUUCCCAGUCCCUAUAUGAGCAAUUGACGAAAGCGCAACAAGCGAAUUCCUCCUCGUUCGCUGCCCACGCAAAUGGCUCCCCCAGCGAUGCCGCUACUCCAGGACGACUCGGGUCACCCCGCGAUGGUAUCAUCAAGCGUGAGCAAGAUUACGGCCCAGUUCAAUACGAUCGCAACGGAAUGCCCAUGGCACGUAUCCACCAACGCCAUUCGUCCAUGCCGACCUUCUACGAGUACUCCCCCGCUCCGUCCUUUGUGUCCUCGCAGUACGAGGACUACAGCAACCGCGGCCUGUCCUUCGAACCCGUGACCCCGCCCCAGCAUUCUGUCGGACUUGGGGCUGAACCUGCCUAUAUCGCUAACGAAGAUACCGGCUUGUACACUGCGAUUCCGGAUCUCUCAAACGCGGCUUCGUACAACCCCAUGAUGCAGCUGCCUCCAUCGAACUUCGCCAGUGGCCACUACCCCUCUGCGUCCCGAUCUUUCCCGUCCAACGCCUAUCCCGUUAUCGAGGGCUCCCCGACAUACAAACAGCGCAGGCGCCGACCAUCCGUCACCCCGGGUGCCUCGAGUAUGCCGGCUACAGCGCACGGUUCCGCCCAUGGUACCCCAGCACCCCAACCUCCACCCUAUGCUGCACACCGGCCUAGCGAUCUCCGUCGCUCGGUGUCUAGCUCUGUGGCCCCGGUGGCUGAAGGAGAGGAGACUGCACAGGACUACUCUCGCGCAUACCCUUCCAUGCUUCCCCAGAAGGACCUGCUUCAAGAAAUCUCGCGUCACGGAACCCCACUGCAAAACCUCGACGAGCCCGUCAACCAUCAUCACUCUGUGCCCCUUAACCACCCAGCUGAUGACUUGGCGGCGCUUCCUACAAGCGCAGCAUUGGAGAACACCGUUCAAAAUAGCACUGGCCGAUCGGAAAGGGCGGGCCCUGGUCCUGCUCGCCGGGCUCGCAGUGCAACCAUGAUGGAGCUGGGUCCAUACCCCCAUAAAUCCCAUUCAUGCCCAAUCCCAUCCUGUGGCAGACUCUUCAAGAGAUUAGAACACCUUAAAAGGCACGUGAGGACUCAUACCCAAGAACGCCCAUACCCCUGCCCCUACUGCAGCAAAGCCUUCUCGCGCUCCGACAAUCUUGCACAACAUCGUCGGAUCCACGAGGCCCAACAAGACGGUCAGCCUGUCCUUGCUACUGAGGAAGAUCUGGAGAAUGAUGGCGAGUUCGACUCUCCUGAGUCGUCUCCCCUGCUCCUGCUCACUCCCACCCCCACAGCAUGGUCAACAUGCCCGCAAUGA